GCCAAAGUCAGUUGACGGCCGACCGUCAUCCGAGAUAGUUCAGUCGGGCAGAACUGCAUUCGUGUUUGAUUUAACAGAUUAAAUAAAUUGAUCAUAAAUUAAUUAAUGACAAAUUUAAAUAAAGUGUAAUAAGUGGACAAAAAGUAAUUAUUAAUGUCGUAUGUGUGUUCGUUAAGUGGUUAUUAGGUACUAAUUUUACAAAAAGCAAACAAAACAAACUUUUCAUUUUAAAAUAAAAGAAAACAUCAAAAUAAUGACGUAUAAGAGAGUCUCAAAAUGCAAUCAAAACAUUUUUCUAAUUCAAAAAGUGCAAUCGCUUAAAUAGUUUUGUGUUUCAAUUCCGUGUAACAACAAUGAACUGAACGUAAAUAUUAUUUUUUUCUUAAACAAAAAAUAAUAAUCAAUUCGCCGAACAAAAAGUGCAUAAUUAUUGAGCGAUAAUUUUUAACGCCGAAUACUGUGUAUAUUGCAAUGAACAAUGGAUAUAUGAUUAUUAAGCAAUAAAACAUAGUGUUACAAUUAAGUGGCACGUGUAUAUAAAAUAUCGAUAGAUUGGAAGUCCGUUGACAACUACAAUGUCGUGUUGUCACGGUUUAUUUCAAGUGGGUCAGGUCGGGCCGGUGUGUCCAUAUUUGACCCGUAACAAUUUGCGGCAACGUGUCGGUGCGGUUCGCUCUCCAGAUAGUUUACUGGAUAUAACUGCCCGGAUUGUCGCCGAAAGCGAGCCUUUUCAACGUAUCGAAGAGCAAUAUGAACGGAUUCCGGAACCAGUGCAACGUCGCAUCAUAUUUUGGUCGUUUCCGAGAAAUGAGCGUGAUAUAUGCAUGUACAGCUCAUUGUCGAGAGUUUCCACCAUGAAUUCGGGAGAACAACAGAAUCUCAGCUUUUGCAAGGGUGUGAAACUUCUCGAGAAUGGUUGCGUGGACAAUGUUCUUCAAGUUGGUUUUCAUUUGAGUGGCAUUGUUUGGACAUAUCCACCAAGUUCAAUUGACUAUGGCAACCAUCAUAAUAACAACAGCAAUUCUUCAUACGGUGGACAAAUAGGUAAUGGCAAUAACUUAAUUGGUCAACAACAGCCAACUGCUCGAAUGUCAUCAACUGAACGAGACACUGCUAAUAAUGGUGGCGUCAAUUAUCCAAUUGAGGAAAACAAAAAAUACAAAGUGUCCGUUAGUUUCGAUCGGUGUAAAAUAACAUCUGUAACAUGCAGUUGCGAUACGAAGGACAUUUUUUGGUGUCACCAUGUUGUUGCAUUAUCUCUGUACAGAAUACGAAAUGCAGAAGUCGUUAAACUUCGUGUUCCCAUAUCAGAAACGCUGCUACAGAUGAGUCGCCAGCAACUCCAAAAAUUCGUCCAAUAUCUCAUAUCGGCCCAUCAUACCGAAGUUCUGCCGACCGCUCAAAAACUUGCCGAUGAAAUUCUUCAACAAAAAUCGGAAAUAAAUGCAAUCUGUGGUGCUCCAGAUCCGACAGCUGGUGCGGCCACCGAUGACGAUCAUUCAUGGCAUCUGGAUGAAUCUCAAGUGUGUGAAGCUGUGCGAAGUUAUUUGGGCCAGGGUAGUUACUACAACGGUAACAAGCAAUUGAAUUCACUGUUUGCCAAAGUGCGAGAAAUGUUGCGAGCUCAAGAUUCGAAUGGCGCCAGAAUGUUGACGUUGAUUACCGAACAAUUUCUGAGCGAUCCGCGAUUGGUUAUGUGGAAGAGUCAUGGAACACCGAUGACGGAAAAAUGCCGACAGUUAUGGGAUCAAUUGGGUGCAUUGUGGGUGUGUAUUGUCUUGAAUCCGAGAGCUACCGCAAUCGAACGAUCUCAAUGGAAAACGCUUUUGGAUAAAUGGUCAAAGAAUGAUGUUUGUCCACAAGAAGAUCCAGAUUUUCGACCUCCUGGCAGGAAUGAAAAUUAUCGUGAACGAUCACAUCGAGAACGGGAACGAGAUCGAAAUCGGUUUUUUCGGGAAAACAAUCUACGCAACAUGAUGUACCAGCGAAAUCACAACCAGCGUGAUAACUACAACGAUGACAAUUACGACAGUUCAGAGUCUGAUUCCGAUUCCGAUGCCGAUGCUGACGCAGAAAUGGAAGAAAAUAAUGAACAGCCCGAAGGAGACAUUCCGAAUGAUAACAACAAUUUACUGUUGCAAGAGAACAUCAACGACAACAAUAUACAAAACAAUGAUUUGGAAGAUGAAGCAGUUCGAAGUCCUAGGCCACGCAGUAGCAUUCGAAAACAUAUCGACUAUUUGAACAAGAGUGACGAUGAAAAUUUACAAGAAGAUUCUCGUCCGGUCGGAAGUUUUGAUGACAACAGUCGUGGAAAUUUCGGUUUGGCAUUGUUAAGCGAAGGAUCUGGUUGCAAUUUGAAUUUAGACAUCGUUCCGCCGGUAAAUGAUGAAAGUUCCAGAGAAUCAAUGGAUAUCGACAAUGAUUACGACAAUGACGGCGAAAUUGAACUGGGUGACAUUAACAUCGGCGAUCGUGAUAAAAUUAUUAACAAAAAUAUGGACUUGGACGAGGCUGGUCCGAGUAGUCGAAUGAAUAACUACUACGGCAACGAUGAGUACAACAACUUUUUGCGAAUUGAUAAACUAGGUGAUAGUGAAGACGUGGUGAAAUUAGACUGUGACUUGACGAACUGCAAGUGUAGCAAAUGUGUAACGAUCAAAGACCGAUGUCUGAAUUGCAAUAGUGAAUGUUGUGAUAAUGUAGAUGUGUGUACGAAACGUGUUCUAGGUCUAAAUAGUAUUAAUGCGGUUGGCUCUUCCAAAGACUCGACAUAUUCUUGCCAAAAAAAUUGCUCCUCUGGUGAUUCGGAUAGGAGCGUCGAGCACAAACGCCAUAUGGAUACCUGUGAUAAUAAGCUAAGCAUACCACCGACUGAAUCUUCCAUCAAUAGUUCCGACAGUAAGGAAAUAGACGAUAAUUGUGAUUGUACUGAUGAACGGGAAGAUCGUGAAGAAACCGACGCUGUUCCAGCUAAGGAAUGUGACUGUUUUGUAGACAAAUUAGAUCACGAAAACGGACAUUCGUCGAAGAUGUGUCUCGACGUGGCAAAAACGCCUUGUGAAAAGUGCACUUUAAAGCCGCACAUUUCUCCACCGAACAUUGCCGAAGAGUCGAAGAACAAACUUGAUGAUGAAAAACCUCCAGUUUCCAACCCUAGCCGAAUUCGGCCACGCGAAGCAAACCCUGAUGGCGACAAUGCUCGACCGGCAAAAAAGGUUAAAUUAAAUAACGGCAGUGCUGCUGGUCGUAAUAAAGUUCCUCGAACCAUUUUCCACAAAGCCUUAGAUGCAGUCGGCAUGUCGUGGGAUAAUCAGCAUUUGAAAAAUAUUUUGGCCAGCAACAAUUACUCGAUCAGCAGUAAUAAUUCCAUACAAACAGCUACAUCGAGUAAACAGACUCAACCGACUGGUUUAAGAUCUAAUUUCAAUUCUUUGGGUCAGCCAUUGUGGCAUGAACCACUUUCGAUGUGUGCAGCUAGAGUGGAUUCUUUACGAUCGCACGGCCAUACCGAGGCAGCAUUACGCUUGUCCGUCAGCGUUGUACGAACAAUGAAACAAAUUCAAAAAGAUGCUCAGAUCUUGUGGCACAGAUAUCAACAAUUUGUUGCUGCACAAUAUCCUCCAGUUGAAGAACCAGUUAAGGCCAGUCACUGUUGCUGCAACUGCAAAGAAUCAAAAUCAAGUAGCAGAAGUGCAGUACCUGCUGUACCAUUGCACAAUUUAAAUCCACACAAAGAGGAUUACAAAAUGUACCGGUACGACUACAACAGCACAUCAAGGUACAAUAAUAUUCCUCAUGAUGGGUGCAAGCGUUGUAUCGAAACUCGUGAACGUGUCAACUACCACAAUCACUUUAACAACAAUUUCCAAAACAACCGCUACAACCUCGGUAGCAAUAUGCAUCCACCUACAUUCUUUCGAACAAGUUUUGGCCCAUUAGGCAACCACAUGUACGAUCAACGCUACGGAUCAUCUAAUUUCAACUCUGGUAAUCGCUACAAUUACCUUCCGAAUCUGAAUGCCGCUCCCAGCACAUGCCAUGCCGACAACUGUAGUAUCGUUCAUCGAUCGUCAUCUGGAAUGGUUGGCGAUUCAUACUUCUUCAGUCCACGACCACAUUGUAGUAAGGAUUUAGAUAAGUACAUCCAUGACAACUACGGACACAGAUGUUUGCAAGAGAUGAAAGGACGUGAAGCUGCUGCAUCCUCUGUAAAGCCGUACGAUGUCGAACCACAAGCGAAUGCAAACUGUGACUGCAAAAAUGCUAAAAAUCCACAAUCGGCCGAUGACAAAACCGCUAAUGGCGGGGAGAGUAGUAGCUCAAAGCCAGAAGCAAAUUCUACUGCUAAUGAUUCGGUUGAGGCGCAGCCAUCGACGUCGUCGUCGUCGUCUUCAUCGUCUUCAUCCUUGAAACCUUGCUCUCAACACACCAAAAAUCAAUGUUGCAUCAAAAACUAUUGUUGCAAGAUAUUUACGACUGAAAAACCGAAGUGCUGUACGCUUGCGAAAAGUUAUCGAUGUGACUGUUCCACUGCAAAUAAGACCUCAUGCAAUCAAUCGUCCGUUAACUCAAACAUUUACUUCGGAAGAAAUACGUACGGACAGUUUGAUACAUCGCGUCAUUACCAAAAAAUGGAUGAGCAAUCAUCGUGUAAAUGCUUGUCGGAAUCGUCAACAAAAGCUGCUUGUUCAUCGAACAAAAUAAAUUAUCAAAAUAUUGUUAAUUAUGGGGCAUCUACCUCAAAGGCUGCACUAGCCGCACUGAACGCCAACACACCCGAAUUUGUUCGAAACAAGAAACCGAGCUGUGUGUCAAAUUGCUUGGAUUGUUGCGUCGGAUGCGAAAUUGAAUUUCCUCUGGAUGCUGUUGCUUGCAUAUUCGAUUGUUUGACUGAAGCAUGUAUCAUACCCGAUUCGAUAAAUGGUCCCGACAUGGGACGCCUAUCAUUCGAUAGUGUUUCGGGAGCUGCUGAAGAUGGCAGUUUAAUUUCGCCAAGAUAUCAUCAUGUUCGUGUUCCACUGUCAAAUGACCGCAGCGAAACGUAUUUGACUUUAGCGUUUGAGGCUGCUACGUUGGCUCUCGGUAAACAACGAAUCAUGCCGCAAGGUCUUUACUCACAACAUGUAAUUUGUAAGCAGCAAGAUCAGCUCAUUGCUCGCCUUCGUCAUGUCGAUUUAGAUCAAUUAUUGGUAGAAGUUCUGAAACAAUUAACUAUACAAAUGUUGGAUGGUGGUCCCAGCAGCGGCUUAGGAAUGUCAAUUCAUCCGGAAUCUGUGCCGAUGCACACUCUGGCAAGGUUUCUUUUUGCUUCGUUGUUGAAUCAACAUCUCGAUUUGGCGUUCCAAGUCGGUCUACGAGCAAUGCGAUUACCAGUGUUGGAGGAGAGUAACGAAAGUGCAAUGGACAAUAAUAUCCAAAAUAGCAAUAACUACCAGAGGGAUGGAUUCAUUUUGUCGAGAUAUCCGAGAUGGUGGACUCUUGGUCACCUGGAAACACAGCAAUGUUCGUUGAGUUCCACAAUGUUAAGUGCAGCCAAAGGAGAUCCCACACGGCUGUCGUCUGUACUGGAAAGUGCCCGACGAAAUAUCCAUUCGUCAUCGCAUUUGUUCAAACUAGCUCAAGAUGCAUUCCGUUUCGCCACACCUGAAAGUGAUCAUCGGAAUCGAACAUUAUUGGGAGUUGCAUUUGAAUUGGGUCUGCAGGUAAUGCGAAUGACAUUGACCUGUUUGAAUUGGCGUCGCCGGGAGAUGGUUCGAUGGUUGGUUACGUGCGCAACACAAUUGGGAUUGGAUGCAUUGCUUUCGAUUAUGCAGAAUUGGUAUCAACUAUUCACUCCAACAGAAGCGACUGGAGCUGUUGCCACGACUAUCAUGUCACAUUCAGCUCGGCUCAAUUUGAACGUUAUGCAACAAGAUGAAUUGUCAGCUUGUGCCAGAAAUUUGGCUCUGCAAUGUGCCACAAAGGAUCCACCUAAUUGUGCAUUGAAUGCUUUAACACUAUGCGAAAAUGAUCCUAUCGCCUUUGAAACUGCCUAUCAAAUUGUUAUUGAUGCCGCCACGCACAUCAUGACAUCGAGUCAACUCUUUACUAUUGCUCGAUAUAUGGAACAUCGUGGCUAUCCAAUGCGAGCGUACAAACUUGCAAUGCUGGCCAUGAAGAAUGUACAUUUGGCCUACAAUCAGGAUUCUCAUCCAGCGAUAAAUGACAUCCAUUGGGCUUGUGCACUGUCGCAUUCGCUCGGCAAAGCAGAGUUAGCCAAUAUGAUUCCAUUAGUCAUAAAGAAUGUACAGUGUGCAACUGUACUCUCGGAUAUAUUGCGUCGAUGCAGUGUUCCAUCGCCGGGUAUAUCUCAUUUUAACACGCAUCACAGAGGAAACAAUAUGCGCCCUUGCCAGAAACUGAGUUACGAUCGGGCUCCAUUACGUCAAUUACUGGAAGCUGCUGUAGCUGCAUAUGUUAAUACAACACAUUCCAGACUAUCUCACAUUUCGCCUCGACACUACGGAGACUUUAUAGACUUUUUGGGCAAAGCCAGGGACACAUUCGUGCUGGCACGUGAUGGUCCUGCCCAUUUUUCGCGAUUGAUAGAAAACAUAACCGUUGCCUACAAGGGGAAAAAGAAGUUGGUGCGUCAGGUUCGGCAGCGGUUUCAAUUUGUAUAAAAAAUAUUGUGUGUUUGGUUAAGCAUUAGAUAUAAAAACAAAGCAAAUGAAAA